GCAGUGAGAUUUGGACUUUGGAUGAUCCUGGUUGAUUGAUAUAGGAAUGGUGCUUCUCCUCCAGGUGCUGUCCUGCUGUGGAAUCCCUUUGCUCAGUUUUCUCCUGUCCAAUCAGGUGGAAUGUUUCACAGGCACAUGGUUUAUACAGCUCAAAAUAACUUGGGACCUGUGAGCUGACAAAUGCUCUGGCUCCGGUGGUGACAGGUUGUCCAGCUUCUUACAGCCAUCUUCACUGAAACUAAGGUUAACUCCUCACUCUCUAUGGACGGCUGCUCUCAAUUUCCAAGCGUGUGAAGAAUUUUCUUUUUCUCCUGUGCUUUCAUCUAAAAGUUCUCCUUGGAUAAUUAUCAUCACAGUGGAUUGCCUGGGUUGGACAUUCUCAUCUGAGUCAACUAAAAAAAGAAAGUAUGCAAGACGACAGCAUAGAAGCUUCUACUUCCAUAUCUCAGCUUCUAAGAGAGAGCUAUUUAGCAGAAACGAGGCAUCGGGGAAACAAUGAGAGGAGUCGAGCAGAACCUUCCUCCUCCAACCCUUUCCACUUUGUCAAUCCUUCUGGAGCUGCUGAGGGAGGAGGAGGCCAAGAUGACCUUCCAGAUCUUUCAGCUUUCCUGAGCCAAGAAGAAUUAGAUGAAAGUGUCAAUCUGGCAAGAUUGGCAAUCAAUCACGAUCCUUUGGAGAAAGCAGAUGAAGCUCAAGCUAGAAAACGUCUUUCAUCUGAUCAAAUGAAACACUCACCUAAAUCAAGUUUUGACCCAAACUUCUGUCAGGAUAACUCUCGAGAUCCUACCAGCUCUAAAGAGAGCCCCCAGGAGGCAAAAAGGCCACAGUAUAGUUCGGAAACCCAGUCCAAAAAAGUAUUCUUAAAUAAGGCUGCUGAUUUCAUUGAAGAGCUGUCCUCCCUUUUCAAAGCCCAUAGCUCCAAAAGGAUUAGACCUCGUGCCUGCAAAAACCACAAGAGUAAACUGGAAUCUCAAAACAAACUUAUGCAGGAAAAUAGCUCCAGUUUGUCAGAUAUCUCAGAAAGAAGAGAAAGAUCUUCUGUUCCCAUCCCUAUCCCUGCAGAUACUAGGGAUAAUGAAGUGAAUCACGCCCUUGAAAGACAGGAAGCUAAGAGGCGCGAAGCUGAGCGGGCUGCCAGCGAGGCAGCUGGUGGAGACACCACCCCCGGGUCUUCCCCUUCAUCUUUGUACUACGAAGAACCUCUGGGGCAACCUCCUCGGUUCACUCAAAAGUUACGGAGCAGAGAAGUUCCAGAAGGAACCAGAGUACAGUUGGAUUGCAUAGUGGUAGGAAUCCCACCUCCUCAAGUAAGGUGGUACUGUGAAGGCAAGGAGCUUGAAAAUUCCCCAGACAUUCAUAUUGUCCAGGCAGGAAAUCUGCAUUCACUGACCAUUGCUGAAGCCUUCGAAGAAGACACAGGACGCUAUUCCUGCUUUGCUUCUAACAUCUAUGGGACAGAUUCAACCUCUGCCGAGAUUUAUAUAGAAGGGGUUUCUUCUUCUGACUCAGAAGGGGACCCUAACAAGGAAGAGAUGAAUCGAAUCCAGAAGCCUAAAGAAGUGUCAUCUGCUCCCACUACUUCUGCAGCCAUUCCUUCAGCAGCACCCAAAGCCCAUAAUGUGGUGGCCCAGCCCAGUGUAUCAACCAUCCAAAAGUGUCAGAGCCCUACCAACUAUCUGCAAGGAUUGGAUGGAAAACCUAUCAUUGCAGCUCCUGUGUUUACAAAGAUGUUACAAAAUUUAUCAGCCUCUGAAGGUCAGCUGGUUGUCUUUGAAUGCAGAGUAAAAGGAGCUCCAUCUCCUAAAGUUGAGUGGUAUAGAGAAGGGACCUUGAUAGAAGAUUCUCCAGAUUUUAGAAUUUUACAGAAAAAACCUCGAUCCAUGGCAGAACCAGAGGAGAUUUGUACUUUGGUCAUUGCUGAGGUGUUUGCAGAAGAUUCUGGGUGCUUCACAUGUACUGCAAGCAACAAAUACGGCACAGUAUCAAGCAUUGCCCAGCUUGAUGUAAGAGGAAAUGAAGACCUCAGAAAUAAUGGGUCUCUUCACUCAGCCAAUUCCACCACCAACCUGGCUGUUAUUGAGCAACAACCAUCCCCACCCAACCCAGAGCCUCCUUCUGUGGAACAACCACCUAAACCCAAACUCGAAGGAGUUCUGGUGAACCACAAUGAGCCCCGGUCCAGUUCAAGGAUUGGGCUCCGUGUGCACUUCAACCUGCCUGAAGAUGACAAAGGAAGUGAAGCUUCUUCUGAGGGUGGCAUGGUGACCACCAGCCAGACCAGGCCUGAUUCUUUCCCGGAGAGAUUCAAUGGACAGGCAGCAAAAAUCCCUGAGCCUUCGUCACCUGUCAAAGAACCCCCUCCAGUUCUGGCCAAACCCAAACUUGAUUCCAGUCAGCUGCAACAGCUUCACAACCAAGUCUUACUGGAACAACAGCAGUUGCAAAACCCGUCUCCUUCAUCUCCUAAGGAGUUUCCUUUCCACAUGAGCGUUUUGAACUCCACUGCUUCCCCGGCGGUGACAGCGUCCGGCAAGCAGGUGAAGGCCCCACCGGCACAGACAUUCAGCCUGGCCCGGCCCAAGCAUUUCUUCCCUUCUCCAAGUGCCACCGCAGCAGCAGCAAGCGCGUCCCCUUCCAGCUCUCCAGUGUUCACCCUGAGCGGCACACCUCAAACCAUUCAGAGGACAGUGAGCAAAGAGAGCCUCUUACUUUCUCACCCCUCCAUGCAAACCAAAUCUUUGGGAGGAGCGUCCAUCCAAAGCGAGCCACCCCCUCCGGCUCCCAUAGAGCCAGCACAACCACCACUCACAUUUGCUGUCUCCAGUGGAAACCAGUUUCAGCCUCGCUGUGUUUCCCCAGCUCCAGUCUCUCCUACCAGCCGGAUUCAGAACCCGGUGGCUUUCCUCAGCUCGGUCCUGCCUUCUCUCCCUGCCAUCCCGCCCACUAAUGCCAUGGGGCUGCCCAGAAGUGCACCAUCUGUGCCAUCCCAGGGACUAAUGAAGAAAAACACAAAGUCUCCCCAACCAGUGAAUGAUGAUUACAUUCGUGAAACUAAGAAUGCAGUGAUUCUAGACUUGGGGAAAAAAAUGAAUUUCAGUGAUGUCAGAUCAAACCAGCAGGAGUACAAAAUUUCAAGCUUUGAGCAGAGGCUGAUGAAUGAAAUAGAGUUUCGCUUGGAACGUACCCCUGUUGAUGAAUCAGAUGAUGAAAUCCAACAUGAUGAGAUCCCCACGGGCAAGUGUAUUGCUCCCAUCUUUGACAAAAGACUUAAGCAUUUCCGGGUUACAGAAGGCUCUCCAGUGACAUUUACUUGCAAAAUUGUUGGAAUACCAGUUCCAAAGGUUUACUGGUUCAAAGAUGGGAAGCAGAUAUCAAAGAGAAAUGAGCACUGCAAAAUGAGGCGAGAAGGAGAUGGGACGUGCUCUCUGCACAUCGACUCCACCACCAGUGAUGACGAUGGCAACUACACUAUCAUGGCUGCCAACCCCCAGGGGAGAAUCAGCUGUUCAGGCCACUUGAUGGUCCAAAGUUUGCCCAUUCGCAGUCGACUAACAUCUGCUGGUCAGUCUCACAGAGGAAGGUCCCGAGUACAAGAAAGAGACAAAGAGCCCCUACAGGAACGCUUUUUCCGACCGCAUUUCCUGCAGGCUCCUGGGGAUAUGGUAGCUCACGAGGGGCGCCUCUGUCGGUUGGACUGUAAGGUGAGUGGCUUACCGCCCCCAGAACUGACGUGGCUGCUCAAUGGCCAACCUGUGCUACCAGACGCCUCCCACAAGAUGUUGGUCAGGGAGACUGGAGUCCACUCUCUGCUCAUUGACCCGCUCACCCAACGUGAUGCAGGGACCUAUACAUGCGUUGCUACCAACAAAACCGGCCAGAAUUCCUUUAGUCUGGAGCUCACUGUAGUAGCCAAAGAGGUGAAGAAAGCACCUGUGAUCCUAGAGAAACUGCAGAACAGUGGAGUUCCUGAAGGCCACCCGGUGAGGCUGGAGUGCCGAGUGAUAGGCAUGCCGCCACCCGUGUUCUACUGGAAGAAGGACAACGAGACCAUCCCUUUCACUCGAGAGAGAAUCAGUAUGCACCAGGAUACAACAGGCUAUGUCUGCCUCCUCAUUCAGCCAGCCAAGAAAUCCGACGCUGGAUGGUACACGUUGUCAGCCAAGAAUGAAGCUGGUAUCGUGUCGUGCACUGCAAGGUUGGAUAUAUACGCUCAAUGGCACCAGCAGAUCCCACCACCCAUGUCCGUCCGGCCCAGUGGCAGUCGCUACGGAUCCCUCACCAGUAAAGGACUUGACAUUUUCUCUGCCUUCUCCUCCAUGGAAAGCUCAAUGGUGUAUUCAUGCUCUUCGCGGAGUGUAGUGGAGAGUGAUGAACUUUAGGAAUGUCUGGGUGCCAGCUGUGUAUGGGGGCAGACUGUGGAGGGGGAAGGAGGACAAGCCAGACACAGUGGUUUCCAAGCAACUGGAUUUGAGUAAGUUCUCAUGCUGCUGGACCCUUGGCAAGAAGUGCUUUGAAUAAGUCGGCUGUGGACUCUUGCAGUCUCAGCUGGGGGAAGGAUUUGGGCUGUGCCUUUUAAAGAUUCCAACAAAAAUGUGAGAAGAUGAUACAGAUGAACCAAAGAUGUCAUAAAGUCAUCCACUGCUUUGGGAAAAAGCUAGCAUGCUCCCCUGCCCCUUGCUAUGUUAGGGAUAUUUAGGCCCUACUAGGAGCAAUGAGGGGCCAUAUGCUUGGGCUGAAAGGGGUUAGACAGUAGUGACCUUAGGUAUCACCAACUCACCAAACAAUGCAAAGGAAAAAGGUGGGGAGGUCUCCAUUGCCUGUCAUCAAUUACGUCCAUAGCAGUCAUUUUGAUGGAUUCACUUAAUCCGCUUCUACUUAGCCUUAAGAGAUCAUGCCAUACAACUCACAAAUGUGGAGAAGCACUUUUGAUUUACUUAUCCUGAGUGUACUGAGCCAUAUUAUAAGGUGCCAAAAUGUGCUUGAGCUACAAAAAAAAAAAAAAAAAAAAAAUCACUGAAACACUCAAUAUUGCACAGUGCACUUGUUCUAUAGCCAAAACAAGGCCCCAUUAGUCUGCACCAUUUUCUUUUGGAUAUAAUGGUGAGUGGUUUUUCUUUCUGACUUUAUACAUCCUAAAUUCUAGAAUGAAAAGGUUUUUAGUAAACCAACCAAAAAGAAAUCUGUGGGGUCACUUUUAAAACUACUAGCUUCAGUUGCCCUUGCAAAAUACGUAAGAGUUGUCAUCAUCGGCCACUCCUCUCUCCCCAAAAGUCUGGAAGUGUAUGAGGCAGUGAGGGAGGAAGAGAUGCAAACAAGGAGAGGAAGUGAUUGGAGAAUGUUGUUUUUCACUUGCCCUAGAAGAGCAGUGGGUGUGGAAGGAGAGGUCUUUAAUAGGUAUGAACUGUUUUUGAGGUCAUUCGUUUGCAUUUUCUAUAUAGAAAAUAUCAUGCUAACCAGGAAAGUGGAAGGAAAAGGGAAUAUGCAUCUUUAUUCUAAGCCACCUAUUCAAAACCUGCCUCUUAAGGAAUUUUUAGACAAGUUCACUGCAAUUAUCCCCAGUGCCUAAAUGAGUGCUUAGCACCACAUAGACAUUCAAUAGAUAUUUGUUGGAUGAAUGAAUCUUAUAUUAAAGAAAUCUGCAAUUCGUACAGCAGUCCAAAAAUUACCCUGGGAAUGGUCAUCACAGCACAGUGUGCUCCAGACCCACCUGUGAAAUGAAUUGGAGAUGUCUGUUACCAUCCUUAUGCCCAAGUGUCUGGUGUUCUCAGGCACCCUCAGGUGGCAUCUUACUCAAAUGAACAAAUAGAGUAAUUGUUUAGAAAGGCUUGAAAUUUUCUUCACUUCGAGGCAAGGAUUUCCAGUACAAAAAAAAAAAAUAAAUUCAUUCACUCAAAAAAAUCAUUUGUUUGUCUACUCUGUAUAAGAUGCUAUGCUAGAGACUUAUGAAUAAGACACAGUCCCUGACCUCAGGGAGCUUACAAUCUAGUACGGGACGUAAGAUGUAAGGCAUAAAGAGUGCUGCUUUGGGGGGCGGGAAUCUAUUCUUUAUCAAAUAGAAGUUUCUAGUACUUUCCAUCUGAUAUAUUUUAUGAUUCUAAAAUCAUCUUAGUAUUUUCAAUCCUUAUUUCUUAAUGAGAUAAAAUGCCAUAGGUUACAUCCUUAAGAAGUAAAGGUUUCAGUCAAUUAUGCAGUGAAACUAUUAGAUUUGGUUUCCUUUUUUCAUGUAUUCAGGAACAAUACUAAAAAUACAGGUAACUGUAAUGAAAUAGUAUAUGUUUCAUACAGAAUGCAUCCUAUAAAAUGUUCUGUUUCCAUAUUGGCUUCUAUUAUGAAAUAUCUUCUAGCCAAAGAGACCUGCAGAAUUGUCCCUUCACAGUCUACACUUGACCUCCCCAUCACAUCUGUUUCUGUAAACCCUAAAGAGUCCUCCCAAGAAAGGAUAUUUUUCUCCUCUAUAUGUCUUCACUUUCCGAAUACUUUUUAUCUGCUGCCUUUCAGUGUCCAGCAGAGAAUUAGGAUAAAUAUUAAAUUUGGCCACUGGAUGGCGCUGUCUAACCUAAAAUAUAAGAAACCUAAAAAUUCCUGAAAGUGCAGGUACUGGAUUAUGUCAAUGCAGGAUUUCUGAACUUUAGCAUUACUGACAUUUGGGGGUGGAUGAUUCUUCAUUGCAGGGGACGUCCUGUGCAGUGUAGGAUGUUUGGAAGCAUCAUUGGCCUCUAACUAGAUGCCAGUAGUAUUGUGGCCCAUCCCCAGGUUGUGGCCACCCAAAGUCUCCAGAUAGUGCCAUAUUUCCUAGGAAGCAGAAUCCUCCACUGUGUUGCACACGAAUCAGUGCCUUGCUCUUAGAAUUCCAUUAGAAGUCAAUUAUGAUGAGGGAUACUUAUAUAAGAAAUUUGGGUUCUACUGAAUAUAUUUGGACUCAACAUAUCCAAAAUCAGGUUCAUCAUCUUCCCUUUCAUAAACCAUUCUUCAGCCUCGCUUCAUUUCUAUUAAUGACACUAUCACAUUCCUAGCAAUCCAAAUAAAAAGCAACCAAGUCAUUUUUUGCUUCCUCUAGCCAAUCGAUUAACAGAUCCCUUUAAUUCUAACUCUAUUAUUUCUUUUACAUUCAUCCUGUUCUUUCCAUCCUGCUGUAGUUCUCCAGUACAGACUUGCAUUACUUUGUUAAUUUCCCUCAAUAUUUCUGACUUCAACCAUAAUAAAGGACUUCUAAGUGGCCUUUCUGCCUCAGUUCCUGCCAUUUCUCCCACUCAAAUCUAGCCCAGAUCCAUGUCAGCAUUUUCUUCCUGAAGUACUGCCCCACUCAUAUUAUUCUCCAAUUUCAAACCCCUAUUCACUUCCUGGAGCCAAAUCAGGUACCAGCUCUUCUGCCCUAUGAUAUUCAAAGCCUGUUCCAAUAUGGUCCCAAAGCUUUUCAACCCAUUCCUCAGAAGAUACACCCAGUAUGGCAGCAAACACGGGCCCUUGCUUUCCAGCUACAUGACUCUCUUUGGCUCUACCUGGAAGGUCCUCUCCCCAACCUCCACCUAUGGCAAUCUUGUCUGUUCCAAUCCAUCUGAAAUGCCACUGCCUCUGCAAAAUAUUUUCUGAUCCCCCAGGCCCCACCCAAAUACAAUUCUACUUUCUUUGAAAACUUAUAGCAAGUUUCUUGAAUCUGGAAGAAGAUGACCUUGUGUAGUAUUUUAUACAAAACAUAGCCUCUGUAUACUUGCCUGCCCCCUCCCCUUGCACUAGCCAGUCUUGCCCACACUAGGUUUUAGCUACUGCUGGUAUGGACUGUGUCAAAAGUUAGUUAUGUACCUUAUACAGAGUAGGUACUCAAUAAAUAUUCAUUGACCUAAAUUGAACUUUAAAAUUCAGUUAUGUAAGUCAGUAUGUUUCUAUAUAGUGAAUUGAGUCUAGAGCAGUGGUUCUUAACCUGGGCUGCAUAUCGGAAUCUCCUGGGGAGCUUUAAAAAAAUCUCAAUACCCAGGCCACAACCCCAAAUCAAACCCUGAAUUGUGGUAUAAGCAUCAGUAUUUUUUUAAAGCUUCCCAGGUGAUUCCAAAGAGCAGCUAAGAUUGAGAAGAAUAAUUUCAGCACUCACCCGGAAAAGUCCGGAGGGAUGCAGAUGACAUAAAACUGUAGUUUUGGCCCUGGUGAAGAAUAUAACUUCCCCCUUGUGGCACAUGCAGAGCAUGCCUAGAAAGUAGAAAUAAACACAUGCUUUGGCCUUGUUAGACUCUACUAUUUUGUGCAACAUGUAGCAUCCAUGAAGCCCCCAGAGGAAGCUCAAAAAUCUGCAAAAAUGGACCAGGGAAAGAGGGAAAGUUGGUGUAAUUUGUCUGGCCCUUUGUUCCUAAAAGCCAUACAGGUUCCAUAAGCACUUUUCUCUCCAAACAACUUGAAGGGCUUUUCAUAACUUGAUUAGUCAUGGAAAUGGGGAUCAAAAGGGAAAUAGAGAAAGAAAAUGCACCAUUUAAAUGAAACAUAGCACCUUUUUGAAACAUAGCACCCUUCACUAAAGGAAGGUCUUUCAUCAGAAUUACCAAAUAGUGAAACUGGUAUCACUGCAUCUUUCUCUUUAUUCCUCCUGUAAUUUUUGUAAGCAUCCAAUGAGAAAUUAAAUGGCUGAGAGACGAGCAGUAGAUAGAGCCAGAGCUCUGAAUUAAACUUACCACGGAGAAUAACUCCCAGAGGAGUCAAAAACUGACUUUUGUAGAGACAGGUUAAUUUGGAUAAUCUUCAAAUGAUAAAUGGGUUGCUUGCCAAAUGUUCGCUUACAAAUUGGUUGUUUAAAACUCAGAAUAUAUUUCCUUACACACAUAACACCCAAUGUUAGAUUCCCAAGUGGACUCAGUAAAGUCCAUUCAGUUCAUGACUGAGUUAUACUAUUUAUUACCCCUGAUUAGGUUAUGGUCCCAAGAACAGGAUCCAGGCAAAUUAGCCAAUAAAAGAAGAGAGACGACUUCCUCCUUUUUUUGUAUCUAUGAUGUGUCAAAGCUAACAUGUGUCGAAGGUCCUUUCUGCAUCUAUCCCCCAUUCUGUGUUUUUCUCCCUAGAUGCCCUGUGCUCCCCCUCUAUGGUAACACAUCCCAUCUCAGCCUUUCAGCAUGCUUCAUGCUCCAAAAUGACCUAACUCCAGUUCCAGGCAUCUUGGCCCAAUGGUGAGAAGAAAGCAGUCCAACUGAACAAAUUCUGAAUGCCUGAGAGAGUCUUUUAACUUCACAGAGGGGCUGCAUUUUUUAAAGCAGCUGCCUUUUAAUUCCUAUCAACUUCUAAUUGACAGAAUUGCUGACAAAGUAAAAAAAAAAAAAAAAAAUCAGGUUGGGAGAGGUCUAGAAAACUAACUGGAUCAGACAUCCAAAUUGUUGUUGUUGAUCACAGCUUCCUUCUGUCCUCUUCCUCCCCACACACUCCCAAAGUACCUUCCAAGCUGAGAUCCUGGCCUAAGUCUGUCUGUAUAAGGGCCAUUUUUAAGUUGGUUGUAAACUCAAAGGCAAAUUUCUAAUGACCUUUAUUCAAGGUCCCUUCAAGGGUCCUUGGGUAACCUGGUCUCAAAGUAUCUCUGCUGAUGGUUUAGUAGAAAAAUCAAUGUGCCUUACCAGUAAGACAAACAGUUACUUAGAUUACAAUAAGCUUGUUGAAGUCCUUUUUACCACUAAUUGCCUUUUCUUGUUUUAUGUGGAUCAAUAUUUCAGAAAGUUAAUUGCUGAAACAUUGCUUGAAGAAUGCCAAGCAUCUUCUAAACUUUGACAAUGCAGUGGUCAUCAGUAUGCUAAAAAAGUUGCUAAUACUAUGUUUUUAAAAAUCUGUGCAGUGCAAAAAAAAUGCAUAUUUGUUGAAAAUAUGUUUGCCUCUUAUUUCUAUUAGUUAGCAUACUUGGUAAUAUAGAAUGAUAAACAGGCUGCCUUUUGUUAACAUGUAAAUAAUGGCCACCUUAAACUCCAAAACGCAAUAGCCUUGGAAUUGCAAGAAAUAGAGAAAGAACACACUUUUCAAUCCUCUGAGAAUUGUGCUGUAAAUGCUGAGAGUAAGCAUAAAGAGAAUGGCUGUAAUGUAGAGGCCUAUAAACACAAAUUUGCUAGAAUAUUUUAACAUGAGUGGACAGAAAAUGUUUCCCUAAUAAGAAAAAUUAAAAGAUUUCAAUAUGAUUUAACAAUAAAUAUUUUAAGGCUGAAAUAAAUGUAUUUUUUCUUUAAUAUAAAGAAAACAGUUCUAGUUUCCAGGUUUAAAGAUGAUUUUUUGAUGAUGAUUCAACCAAUUUUUUAAUGUACGAAUAUAUUUGACACUUAAAUGAUUUUUAAAAAUUGUUCUUAUCCAAAUUGUAUAAAUUACAACAUGAAUUAUAAGUUGGUUAAAUACCAACAGAAAGAUAACUAGGUUUUAAUCUUCCUAAAAUAUCAGCAAAUCCACUAGACUUCUUAUAGUAUGUUCUUUAACACUCUAAGAUAAAAAUUCAUUCUAAAAUAAUAAAAUAAAAUAAAAUUUAACCCCAAUGAUUCAUUUCAACCAUGGGAAAGAUGAGGGUGGAGAGGCUUGAUGAGUUUAGACUGGAAAUUAAUGGAGAUACAACAAGAGAUGUUUUGGGAUGCCUGGCUGGUUCAGUUGGUGGAGCAUGCAACUCUUGAUCAUGGAGUUGUGAGUUCGGGCCCCAUGUUGGGUGUAGAGAUUACUUAAAAAUAAAAUAUUUUUAAAAAGAGCAUUGGGGAAGGGAUGCAGACUCCCCAUUGAGCAGGAAGCCCAAUGCUGGACUCUAUCCCAGGACCCUGGAAUCAUGACCUGAACCACUGACUGAGCCACCCAGGUGCCCCUCAAAAAAGAGGUGUUUUAAUACCCAUAAGAAACAUGUUACUUUCAUAUAGUAUGGUAAGAGUGAAUUACUCAAUGUUCCAAAAUUCCAAAGAACCUGAUGUUUCUCACAGAUUCAGUGUUAUCUGCAAACUAGCAGAUUCUUGUAAUUUUCCCAUAAUUAACAAUGCAAGAAUUCAGCAAACUAUAUGCUAGUAUUUAUUGACUAUAGCAGUCACUACCAAAGGAUUACUAAAUGUGUAUGUGUACAGAGUAUAAUGGUUUUACUGUGUUUAAGGAGAGUUAAAACGCUAAAAUAAUUCAAAUUAAACCAUUUGCAUAUUUGCAUGCAAUUGCAUUUUUUAACACACGUAGAUAAAUUAAAUUUUACUUUUUCAGUAUUUUCAUUUCAGAGACACCUUAUCUUCUAUUCUGAUUUUCACUUACUUUUUCCAAUCUUUAGCAUUAAGUUUCUGAACCUAACCUCCUCUCUUUGUUACCUUUCUGUUAAGAUAGAAAAUCUAUAAAAUACUUCAUAGCAUUAGGAUAGCUCUUUAUUUCUAGGAAUUCUUAGGUAGAUUUCUAGGAAUUCAGGGGGGAUUUUAAUAACUCAGAUGAAUUUCAGACACAUUCUGAUUUUUCCAUAACUCUGAGGUCUGUUUCUUUACCUGUAAAAUAAACAAAAUACUUGAUUGAAACUUUCCCAGUAUGGAUAAACAAAUAUUUAUGAAGAAUUUACUUUAGAGACUGAAAAAAUGGUAAUAGCAGUUUUUUAUUCCCUAGGAAGCAUUUAAAAUAUUUUUCUCCAAAGUAAGUAAAUUUGCUUUAAAGAUUCACAUUUCUCUCCUGCCCCACUAUUUUGUAGUACAUAAUGGUGAAAUCUUCUUCCAAGAUAGUAUGCAGUUAAAAAAAGAAUCUAACAAAAAAAUCAAAUGAAUUCAAGAAAUAUUCCAUCCACUUUCUGCAGGCAGAUUCCAGAAACAUUUAUUUUGGCAUAGGUACAAUAGCCUACAGGAACUCUGACUCCUGUGUCCACAAUGAAGCUAGUGGAAAUAAUGACUCUGCAGCUCACAAAGAAAGAGCAAAGGAGUUCUUGUAUUCUUUUCUGGCUUAAGCAGUUUAGGUCAACUUCAUUGUACUAUUCAAGACCCCAGUGAUAAAAACGUUCCAUGCUAGCACAUCAAUGGCUUUAUGUUGAAAUGAAUCAACUUUAGGAUAACAGAUACGGAUCCACAAAAAUGAGCAUAGCUCUUGGCCUCUAUUUUUGCAUUCUCAGCUCAUCAAGUCUGAAUUUAACCCCAAUGAUUCAUUUCAACCAUGAGGACUGACAAAGGAUGUACGUAUGCCCACAGGCAUGUACACACAGGCUUCAACUGAGGUAUAGAGCACCCACAGCUAAUGUAAUUCAAUCAGAAUCAAGAGACACCUCUUACAAACAUGGUGUGCUUCCAUCUUAGGAAGCUUGAGUCAACUUAUUUUCUAAAGUAUAUUUUUGGUUAUUGAAAUCCUAAUGGCGAAACCAUUAUAGCAGCCAUUUUGAAAUGUGUGAAAUACAUAAACUGUAUGUUUUGUUUCCAUUACUAAAAGCAAUUAACGGAUCUUGGCUUUUUUUUCCUGUUCUUCUGCAUCGUGCAUGUUAGAUAUUCUGUGGAACUGAAAACAAGUGAUCGCUUAAGCCCAAAUGUUUGUGAGCAAAAACUGUCUUUCUUCAGAAGGUAUAUGGUACUGUAUUCUGGUAGACCAGUCAUCUCCAUGACAUUGUUACUGUUUGUUGGGGGUUGUUUUUGUUUGGAAAUUUUGCAAUUAGAAGAAGAAAAAAUAAGAAUUAAGAACCAGUAUUUAAUUAAACCUGGAUAUUUUAAAAAGCAAUUUAGAGGAUGUGAUGGACUGUUUCUUUAUUCAUUAAAUAAAAUUUUAUUUAUUCUCAAUUAA